UUUCCGCUCAGUUUGCCGAUAAAGACGCAGCCACAUGGACAUGCACAGGCUGAUCUACGAGGUGCAGCAGCGCCCGGCUCUCUGGGACUCGACGCACCCGGACCACGCCAACCGCGCGGAGACCCAGCGCCUCUGGAACGCGGUGGCGGAGAACGUGGGACUCGGUGUGGAUGUGGCCCGCUGCAAGUGGAAAAAUCUGCGCUGCAGUUAUCGCCGCCAGAACCGGCGAAGUGGCCUCUUGAAACUGCAGGCGACGCCCUCGCCGGGUCACCAGUGGUCAUAUGCGGAGGCCAUGAGCUUCCUGGACGGGCAGCGGCCAUCCAAGGAGGACAGGGACAGCAGCAACAACGAGGAGGAGGAGCUGGAAGGUGCCUUCAAGACGGAGCCCGAGCCCAUAAUGUCGACCUUCAAGAGCGAGCACACCGCGGCUGCCGACGAAAUGGAGGCGGACAACGAUGCCCUGAUGCGGGAGUUCCAGGAUGUGUCCACCCCGCAGGCGCUGCGGCGGCUCUCCGAGAGCAUUUCCCUGGCCAGUGCGGCGGCGGAGGAGCAGUUGCCGCUGCCCCAGGCCCCCACUGCCGCCAGACCUGGCUCCGGACUGACCAUAAGUCCGCACUUGCACCAGGGAAGUGCCCUGGCAGCCGCGGCGGCCAGCAGUUGCCACUGCGCCAAGCGGGUGGAUGAGCAGGUCAACUUCCUGGAGAACCUGGAGCGCGAGGAGCAGCAACUGAUGCAGUCCACCAGCCAGGACCUGGCCAGGUGCAAGAGCGUCCUCCACGUGGGCGACUCUGACUACAACUAUCUCAUCAGCUUUCUGCCGCUGAUGAAGCAGAUGACGCCCAUCCAGAACGUGUUCUUCAGGGCCAAGAUGGGGGAGCUUCUGCUGCAGACAAUGCAACAGCCGCCGGUGCAGCAGCAGCCGAUGCAACAGCAGCAGCAGCAGCAGCAGCAACAGCAGCAGCAGCAACUGCAGCAGCAGCCCUCGCAAAUGUUGUUGAACCAACAGCAAAUGGCCUUGGACCAGGCGCAAGUGAGCACCAGCUCCACAAAUUGGAACUGAGCCGAGGACUGGAACUGAACACAUGGGGUACACCCUAUAGAGUAUAGGAACCCACGGAGAGAGCCCCACUGUGCGCAUGUCCAGUGCACAGUGGGUGAGAUUAUUGUGUAAUAUAACACUGGUUAUGAAUAAAGCGUACUCAAACGAUUUUGUAAAAAAAACACCUUAUAUCCCUUGAUUCUUUUUAAUAAAUAAGUUUUAAUGGAGCUUAAAAAAUAUAAUUUCUUAGGAUUUAUUUUGUCAUACAGAAGCCCAUCCCUUAAACGCCAGUUCAGAACAUUACUGCCAAAUACUCUUUUAUAGUUCUGUCGACGUGACAACUACCCAGACUGGAGAAUAGUUCAACUAAAUGGCCAUUAAGGAAGUGUGGAUCUCACCAAGCAGUGACUUUGACCCGAACAACAGUGUCCUGUUGCAGAGCAGCCAGAACGGUUCCCAAGGCAUUCCAACGAUCUCUUCAGGCCUGGCAGUGGCCAUGUUUUAUAAGUUGGAAAAUAUGAACCAGCCGUUGAAGGUCCCCAAAACGCCGAAGGGGAAGGACGUGCCCCAAAUCAAGAACAAAUUUAGUGGAAUGUGAUUUAAAUUUUUGUUUGUUCCCUGGAGUGAAUAAUUUAAUAGAGUUACAAAUUAA